CGUGGGCUAGGUUUCCAGCCAUGCAAAGUACAUUCACUCAAAACGAAAUAGCUUCACCGAUCUGGGGUGCAACGUAUGGAGAGGAGGUUAAUGUGGCUUGGUUUCCGUGGGGUGGUUUAUGGGAAUAGCCUCAGGUAGAGAUCUGCGUUGACGGUUCGGUAAAUGGUAAUAUGUGUAACAUGUUGAAAUCAAGUGAGUCCGUAUUACAUAAAAAUGUACUCCGAUAAAGUUAAAUGUAGUUCACUAUAUCAGAGUAUAUUUAGCAGUGAAAGACAAUUAAUAUUUUGGAAUAAUGACGAGAAUCGGAUGAAAAUGAGUGUGUAAUUCUGCGGAGGGAGAGCAAUAAAGGUGAAUGAAGUUAAUCUGUCAACAACAACAAAAAAACAACCUUAUGCUGUUGUACAGUUCGGUGUAUUAAAUGUGUUUGUGCUGCUUAAUUUAAAUUGCUCAGAUAUACUUUUUCAUAAUGUAAUAAAUUGUGUGUUUACUGUGUCUUUUUUCUUUUAUUUGUAAAUUGCUUAUUAAAGAAAUGUCAAAUAGGGAAAUGUAUUGUUGCACUAAACAAGGAGAAUGUGGAGUGGCUUUAGGCUAAUUUUACAGGCCCCCCACCCGGGAUAUUUAAAAUUAGGUCAAGCAGAAAGACUGAACUCAGAAAGAAUCCAAUACAGUGUUUAGCGUUUCUUUUCACUCGUUAACUUCCGAGGGAUUUCUAUAUUUGUGCAUCUAAAGCUAGAUUUACGUUAGGUUGCUGGAGGUUUAUCUUUUUUAAACUUUAAAAACACGGCAUAUUUUGAAUUCCUGUCUCUUUAAGAGGAGGCACGCCCGGCUUUAACAGUAUUAUGCAAAUAUCUACGAAAAGGAACGAUGGCGCACGGCUCUUGGCCAAUCAAAAUCUAGUUCCAACCGCGGGAGAUCCAAAUUUCGCGGGACGCGGUUUGGCGCUAAAACAAGUUUUGAGGCUAACUGGACUCCUAAAAGCUGAGCAAUUUCGCUGUUGCGGGGACUUUGCGAGGUAUUUUGUUUGACCCGUAACAAAAAUCCAAAGCAUCCUUUUAAAUACGGAUAUUUUUAAUUGAUCUUGGUUUUCAAGGCUUUACAAACAGACUCUCCCGAUUCUGGGUAUAUGAAUAUUGAUACAAAUCGAUGUCGAUUUUAUUACAAAAAAUAAGUAACAUUAUUCCUUUGCACUUUGUUGAAGUAGUCGCUGAUAAACCUACUGUUUGCAUUUGUUUAGCUAGCUAAUAUCUACGUCGGAAGCAACACAGCUACUAUUUUAUGCAUAUCUGGCGCGUGCAUUUGUGCAUUUUUAAUUUUUUUGCACUUCUUUGAAAGGUGGAAUAAGAGGAAGCAAACUUUUGAUAAUCACCCUUUGUGAUUAGCUGGCUAGCUAGCUAGCCAGCCAACCAGUAAGCAAAAGCAAGCCAUAUAUCUGUGCAGUUGAUCAAGCAAUAUUCUGCCUACUGAAUUGUGGCUUGCACGCCCUGAAGAGUUGAUACCGUGUCCACUUACUGCAGUAGUGCGGGAUUGUAUUUUUAAUUUUUAAUUAUUUUUUAAAAACACUGCUUUGCAAGCGAACCCUUCCGAUCAAGCCCGAGGCUAGCUAGGUAGCACAAAAUGAUGCGGUUACCCAAAGGUCCGGCUUCUGCCAGAAGUACUGUGGGGUUGUCGGGGUCGAGCUCGCAGAAGAAAGUUCUAGCUGGAGUGCACACGGAGUUUUUCAAUACUGGACUCUCUACCCCGCAUAUCAACUCCGUGCCGGCUGGCUACUUCACGCAAAUUUGCAACACUACAGUCGCGGAUCAGCGAGUCAACUGUCUAUAUGCAACCCCUCACGGACCCGAAGCGAAACCCAUCAGAUCUUCAUCGGGGAGACUGCCGGCCAAGAGGAAGCUGGAUCUCGAGGACCCCCUGUACCUGCCCGACUUCCGUACCCCCAAAGGAAAGGGGUGUGCAGCCGUGGUCAGGGUCCCCAGCCCCAAGACCCCCAAGUCCCCAGGGGAGCGCACGCGCUACGACACCUCCCUGGGCCUCCUGACCAAGAAGUUUGUGGGCCUGCUGAGCGAGUCGGCCGACGGGGUGCUGGACCUGAACUGGGCCACCGAGGUGCUGGAGGUGCAGAAGAGGCGCAUCUACGACAUCACCAACGUGCUGGAGGGCGUGCAGCUCAUCCGCAAGAAGUCCAAGAACAACAUCCAGUGGAUGGUGGGCGGAGUGUUUGAGGGCUCGGCGGGCGGGGCAGAGAGAGCCCGCGCUCUGAAUAAGGAGCUGGGCGACCUGGAGCGGGCGGAGAAGUCGCUGGACGACCUCAUCCAGUCCAGCACCGCCCAGCUGCGCCACCUCACCGAGAGCCAGCACAACCAGAGGCUAGGAUACGUGACCUACCAGGACAUCCGCUCCGUGGCCAGCCUGCAGGACCAGACGGUCAUCGCCGUCAAGGCCCCCUCGGAAACCAAACUGGAAGUGCCGGAGUCUUCUGGGGACUGUCUGCAGAUCUACCUGAAGAGCACGAACGGGCCCAUCGAGGUGUACCUGUGCCCCGAGGAGGGCCAGGAGGACGGGAGUCCGGUCAAGGGGACCACGCCCAAAAAAGAGGCCCCCCAGCCCGCCGCAGAGAGCCCCCAGUACGCCGUCAAACAGGAGCCCCUGGAAGCUGAGAUCCCGCGGCCCGCUGGGGCAGCGGCCGCGGCGGCGGAACCCUCGCGCCCCCUGCUGGACGUGGAGGGGAUUUUGGGCCUCCCGCCGAGCCUGCUCCAGAUCACCGAGGACCAGCUGCCGGGCUCCGCCUUCGCGCCCGAGGCCGCCGCCCCCUUCGUGAGCUUCUCCCCGCCCCUCGACCACGACGACUACCUGUGGAGCCUGGAGGACGGCGAGGGCGUCUCGGACUUCUUCGACGCCUACGACCUGGGCGACCUGCUCAAGAGCUGAGACACACCCCACCCUUAACGCUACCCCGAAUGGGGGCUAAAUCGGGGGGGGGGGGACCCACACACUCUCUUUUUCCUCCUCUCCAGGGGUUCCCCCCCUCUCCCCCCUUCCCCCUUUUUUAGUACCUCAGUUUUGUUUUUGUUUGUUUUUUUCUUUUAACAUAAGUAAUUGUCGGUGGUGUUAAUAUUAUUAUUUUCCCCACCCCAGCCACACUCGAGUAGGGGGGUGGGGGUGGGGUGGGGGGCGGUGUGCGGCCGCAGUGAAAUCCUGUGGGGUGGGGUUUUAUCAGUACCUCCGGUGCUCAUUAACUGAGCCUGUUGCGUCGGUUUUUUGGAUGCCACGCGGUGGGUUUGGCCCCCACCCUCCUGUGGUUCCUCCGAUUUCCCCUCCACGGCUUCCUGCCCGGCGGGCAUUGGCGACACUCCACCGCGGCAUGCUGGGACAGCUUCUGCCUGGCGAAACCUUUUUUUUAUUUAUUUUUUUAUAAAGAUGAUGUCUUGGGUGUUGCAGGAUGUCUUGGGCGUGGAGAAACGCCACCUUGGUGCUCGGCGGAUAAAUGCCGGGAAGUCUACCUUCCCCCUUUUCUGUAGGAGUCUUGCCGAAUCGUCAUUUCCAAAUAUUUUAUGGAGUCAUCUCUCAGUAGGUGUUGUAAUGUUUAUCGAGGUAUGACGCACGCCAAAAAAAAAAAAAAAAAAAACUGACUGGAAUUGGGGA